UACUUCUAUUGAGACAGCCUAGCGAUAAACAAAUCUUACUCCAGAAAAAUGCCACGUCUUGAGCAACCACCACCCGAGGACUUCCGUCGGAUACUCCGCGAGAAAGCCUUGAGCCACAGUUUGUUCUACCUGAAGCUCGGCGCCGGAGUGCCGCCGGGGCAGGCGCGCAACACGCCUACGGAGUUGCAACUAGCGCGGCGAGCGAGUGACAGUACGGGCAUGCGCGCGCCGACGACCGCGCGCGUCUCUCGACACGCGCAGCCGCGCGUCUCCGAGCUGUUGCGACGAUUCGAGCCAGGACCUAUGCAGUACCUGCGCAUCCCGCGCGCGUCCAGUCCUUGCGAAGACAUCAGUUCCUCAGAUGACGACGACAGAGCCGCUGUCAGGCGUCGGAGCCGCGAUUUGAGUGACGAUUCCGCCGUGGAACUGGAGCCGAGACGAAGGCAUUCGCACCCUCGCGAUAUCACCCCUCCGCCGGACGCAAUGUCGCCCAGACGGGAGAGGACUCUUAUUGAAGCUAGCGUGGUCGAACUGGGGCGAAGGGGUAGCGAAGGGUGCGAGACGAGAGGCCGGUGUGUGAGGACUCCCAGCGUCGUUGUUAGUGACUAUUCCGAUGGUAUAGCCGUUGGUGCGACGGAGGAAGAAGUGAACUGGCUGAGGUCGAGAUCUCUUUCGGCGGAUUCAGCCUGCUCGUCAUGUUCUACGUUGUCGAGUCGCGACGAGGACGAGUUCGAGUCUCCAACGCUGCCAAAAAAGAUACUAAACGCUGAUUGAGGGCAUUGACUCCUGAGCGACCUUCUGCUGCUGGAACCGGGAUCAUCUAGAAACAUUGGACAUCUCAGUAGAUAGUAAUAUAUAACAGGCUUGGACAUCUUAGUAAUCAGUAACUUUCGUUAUGAUAUUGUACAGGGACGUAGCUUCCGCCGUGUUUUCUGUGUCAAUUAAUAGUGGCCCCCACGGAUAUAAGGGACUAAUGCACUUGUAUUAUUUAUUUAAAAGUAUGGGCUUAAUUUUUAUUUCAUAUUACAAACUAUUUUAUUACUUUCUAAUAAUUAGUUGUACAUAUUCCGGCGUUUAAUAAUUUGUUACUUUUUGUUUUCUUUUUUUAUUUAAUGUUGAAUAAAAUAUCGAAUGGUUUUAGAAUUAGAUAAAAUCUUGAAACGGGGCUUGUUACAGAUUAGCUACGCCACUGAUACUUAUAAUAAAAUAAAGAAAGAUUGGACUUUUAA